GAAAACUCCGGUGAUUACACAAGCAAUCUGCGUAUUGUUACUUCUACAGCCGCUCCGGGCAAAAUGUGAUCGUGGUGAUUGAGGACACGGAGUGGGGAUCGAGCCAGUCAACUGCGAAGUGCGAAGGGUAUCGGUAGUGUUUUCGCCUACACAGAAUCGUGCAAGAUUAUUUCAUAACAUGCUAUGUUGACAAGCAUCCGUCAAUCUCCUCAAAAGUGACACCUGCCACCAAUUCUCGAAAAAACCGCCGUCGCCUUUUAGCGUGAUUUUCUUACUCUUUACCUCAUACACAAUGGCCGAUUUGAAUUUAGAUUUAAACCAACCGCUGCAACUGCAGAUAGCACAGUUCAAAAGCGACCCCGAAAAAAUGCAAGAUGUGAAUGAUUUUUUGACCGACCUUUUAGACAAAGCGCAAAAAGAGGCCGAACUGAGGAGCUGCGGCAAAGGCAAAGGCAAACUGGACGCUUUAGGAAUACAAAAUGGGACUAAGCGCAUUGGGGCAUGGUCUAACAGGGCGCGCUCGCAUGCCCGUACCUUCGCAACACGGAUUUUCACAACAAUUUGCAAUUGUACAAAUUCUGUUCGUAGCGUUGUUGUCAAUCGCAACUAAAUGUUGGUGUUAUGUUGUGUGUUGUUGUCAGUGUUGAAGAACUGUGUUGAAUAUAUGUAGGAUUAAAUCUA